AUGGCUUUUACGCCACUAGGGGACCCCCCUUCAGCCGAGAAGGAGAUUGGCCAGAGAAAGACGGCUCCAUUGCGCCUUGCCAUCGGAAGGAGGGUCAAAGCCCAAUCCAGGCUGGCGGGACGUGGCUUUUUUGCACUUCCACUCAUCGAGGCAGACAGCCCACCUUCAUGCCUCGAAUACAAAGUCUGGGCUACGGAAGCUCGCGAGCAUCUGAUCAACAUCAACAUUCUCGACGACCACACCUCCCUCAUCACAAGCAACAGGAUCAACUACGUCACCCCACGCGCCAUGUUAAAUGCGACCUCCGUGCUGUUCACGGCCGCACACGCUGCCAUGGUAAGGAGUUUUCUGUGGAGAGCGGGUGCGGCCGACACGGCCGGAAGCACAGUCCAGGGCUCAUUGAUCAUCCCGACGGUGCGCCUCGUGGUGGUCGACUCGAUCGCCAACGUCCUGCUGGGCGCUCUAGCCGUCCUGGCGGUGUUGACGGUGUGGAUCCGCAUCGACGUCAUCAACAACGAGACUUCGCUGUUCGAAGAGCCGAAGGCUCUGCUCGGGUCAGCCAUUCUGCUGCAUGGGAGCGAUGUCAAUGCAUUCGCGUCCCACCUGCGCCGCGAUCCCGAAGCCGCGCAGGAUGGUAGGGUUCUGGCACAUGCACGUCGGCCGCGCCGUCUCUGGGGACGUAAUCUUCUAUGGAGCGUCUAUCGUGACGACGUGCUCAAGAAGAAAUGGAAAGUGGAAAACUGGGAUGCCCCCUCUGAUACGAAGAUUGUGGCGGGAUAG